GCUACAUCAUGGUACACUCCUAGUCGUAAACUUUCACAUGUGUAGUCUGAACGGAUCUCACAAGGUGUAACCGAUUUGUGUUUUAAAACGACGUUUACAUUUUUUUUUAAGUAUCAUAUUUGUUUUUCAAACGGUUAUUUAUCCGUAAAGUGAUGGCAAAAGGAGAAGGCGCCGAUCAAUAUUCCAACAAUAGUUUAUUAACGAAUAAACCGGUCAACCCAGAUGUGGUCAAAUUAGCUGGGAAGCGUGAGCAGUGCGACAGGUUGUCCAUAUGCAACAAGCUGUGCUAUGCGGUGGGAGGAGCGCCCUAUCAGAUCACAGGCUGUGCGCUGGGCUUCUUCCUCCAGAUAUACCUACUGGAUGUGGCACAGUUGGACCCAUUCUAUGCGUCGAUCAUCCUGUUCGUGGGGAGGGCCUGGGAUGCUGUGACGGACCCGAUCAUAGGCUUCAUGGUCUCCCGCUCUCCCUGGACACGCUUCGGACGAAUGCUGCCAUGGAUCCUGUUCUCCACUCCUCUAGCCGUGGUCAGUUACUUCCUCAUCUGGUAUGUUCCUGUGAUUGAGAAUGGGAAGGUCAUCUGGUACCUGGUCUUCUACUGCCUCUUCCAGACCCUUCAGACAUGUUUCCAUGUGCCCUACUCGGCUCUCACCAUGUUCAUCAGUGAAGAUCAGAAGGAGAGGGACUCUGCCACUGCUUACAGAAUGACGGUGGAGGUUCUGGGUACUGUGAUUGGCACAGCCGUCCAGGGUCAGAUUGUGGGCAUGGCCAACCCACCCUGUAUCCCCGUAGCCCCCGGCGACAAUAUAACAACAGAGGGCCUGAACUCCUCCCUGCUGCUGGGACAGGAAGUUAACACCACGGUCAUCUCUCCCGGUAUCACCCUGGACCAGACGAAAACAGCCUACAUGAUAGCUUCCGGCGCCAUCUGUUCCAUCUACGUGCUCUGUGCCGUGGUGCUGUUCUUCGGAGUCAAAGAGAAGAAAGAGUCGUCUCGCCCUCGGUCAGAGCUCAUGUCGUUCUGGCAGGGUAUUGGGCUGGUGAUGGGUCAUGGACCUUACGUCAGGCUGGUGAUGGGCUUCCUCUUCACCUCAUUGGCCUUCAUGCUCCUGGAAGGGAACUUUGCUCUGUUCUGCUGCUACACUCUGGGCUUUAGGAACGACUUCCAGAACAUUCUCCUGGUCAUCAUGCUCGCUGCGAUGCUCACCAUACCUUUCUGGCAGUGGUUCCUCACCAAGUUUGGCAAGAAGAACGCCGUGUACAUCGGCACCUCGUCUGUGAUCCCCUUCAUGAUCCUGGUGGUGUGUGUGAAGAGUAAUCUCAUCAUUACCUACAUGGUGUCGUUCGCUGCCGGGGUCGGAGUCGCUGCUGCCUUCCUGUUGCCGUGGUCCAUGCUGCCAGAUGUGGUAGAUGACUUCCAGGUCCAGAACCCAGACUCUCGGGGUCACGAAGCCAUCUUUUAUUCCUUCUAUGUCUUCUUCACCAAGUUUGCCUCUGGAAUCUCUCUGGGGAUCUCCACUCUCAGCUUGGAUUUUGCAGGGUAUAUGACUCGAGGUUGCACCCAGCCUGAGAACGUGGAUAUAACCCUGAAGGUUCUGGUCUCCGCGGCGCCCAUAGGACUCAUUCUGAUUGGCCUGGUCUUAUUCCGCUCUUAUCCAAUCGACGAAGAGAGGAGGCAGUGCAACAGGAAGCUUCUUCAGGAGCAACGGGAAAAUGAAGUCGACUCAGAAACAGACUCCACAGAACUGACCAACAUGGUGUAGAUUCUAGAACACUCAUGGACCACUGGAGUGACACGGUUGCUUGCACCGGGGUGGGGCUGACGAGGGCUGGACCUAUCACGACGGAGAUACUGCUUUACCAUCCAAUCACACUGCUGCUCACGUGUCUCAGAGCACGUGUCGUCAUGACGAUGUGCCAUGGCAAGGAAUCCUAAAAAGGAGUGACCUUCCUGGUUCAAUUCCCAGCCCACUUAAGCUGUGACAAACUCAGAAAUAGUUUUGGGUGCAGUCUCAAAAGGCAACCGAUUUCAAAGUGCGAGACUCAAUAGACUACUGUAAAACACAGCCUUUAGUUGUUGUCCAUGAAUGUUGCACAAAACCUUAAUGUGAUGUGUACCAUUUUUGUGUGUGUGUGUGUAUUUUGCCAAUGUUGAAUAUUUCUGUCUUAACUUAAUCUAGCGUGGGUACUAGUUUCAAAAGCCCAAGACUUUUUAGAACAAUCUACUACUCCCCCCCCCCCCCCCCCCCUCAAGUGUGAAACCUGAGCGACCAUCUUUCUAUGGUGAAGAUGACCGUCAACAAAAUGGCCCAAUGGUUUGCUUUUUUUUUUCCUUCUCGGUUUACAUUUCGGUUAAAAAGGUUUUUAAAAAAACAACAACAAAAGCCAGACUAAUUAUUUUGGUAGAGAGAGAUAUAGAACAUUUCUACAACACGUGUUUCUACAGACUUUAGUUUGGUACAGUCAUGUACAAAACAAGUCAGAACCCUAUCUAGCAUUGAAAGAUUCACAAUGUGAUUUUUGUCGGGUUUUUUGUUGUUGAAAGGUUUAAGACCUUGUCUACUAUUUGACACUACGAUGGAGUUCUCUUGUCAUGGAUUCCUUUUUGUGUUUUACAAUGUUUCCUUCCUCACGUUUCAUUGGCUCAUUCAACAGGGGUGAGCCAGGAUGCCAAGGGGAGGGACCUACCUGAAUUUGUCCAAUAGUAACUCCUUUUGUUGCAAAACAUUUUAGCUACGGUGUGCACCAAUUUUUUUAAAUUUAUUUUACCUUUAUUUAACCAGGCAAGUCAGUUAAGAACACAUUCUUAUUUUCAAUGACGGCCUGGGAACAGUGGGUUAACUGCCUGUUCAGGGGCAGAACAACAGAUUUGUACCUUGUCAGCUCGGGGGUUUGAACUCGCAACCUUCCGGUUACUAGUCCAAUGCUCUAACCACUAGGCUACGCUGCCGCCCCAAUGAAUACACCCAAGUAAUGCCGAGAUGAGAUUUGGUCCCAACUGCAACACUGUAGGUAAAAGAUGUUUCAAAAACACUAGUUCUUAGUCUCACCAUUAAACCAGAACCACUAUAGCACAAUAAUUGUUAACCAAACUAUUUGACACAGUCUGUACAAUCUAUCAUGUAUUUAAGUUUGUUUUUUUACAGCUAGUCAUUAACUUAGUGUUGGGCAAACCCAUAACGACAGCUAGUACUAAUCUAGAAAGAUUAAAGUAUAUGAGUAAAAAUGUAUUUGUCUGAUUUAAGAGAAGUCCUUUUCAGGUUGCUGUUGCGUUCUGAAUGUUCUCAACUUUGUGUAUUAUAUUAUCAAAACCUGUUCAUUUUUACAAUCCAUUUUAUUUAAAAACAACAACAUUGAAUUCUCAACCUUGUCUCUUUACGAAGGACAUGUCUUUUUAAAGACGAGGGAAGAAUACAAAAGUCAAAGUAUUGGAAAAUGGAGUGAAGUCUUGAGUUUAAUGUAUUGAAAGUGUCUACCAUGUCACGUAUCUAAAUUGACCUGGGGAGAGGAGGGGAGGGGGGGGGGGGGGAGGGGGGGGGGGAGAAAGAUAUUUAUAACAGUACUGUGGACAAGAUAAUCCUACAUUUCAUGUCAUAUUAUACACAAACACACAGUGAAUACACGUUGAGCAGUGCCUUCAACCGUUAUGAAAGGGAAGUCCUGUUGGAUGUCUCUCGUGGUCAAGUUCUGGUCUAAUGCACUUGGGGGUGUAUUCAUUACUGUUGCAAAAAAAAAAUGUUCUGAAUAUGGAAGCGAAUGGAAUGAAACGGAGGGAUCUGCCUGGAUCUGUAACUGAAUACUCCCCCAGAGUUGGCGGACAUCUUGAGAGCCGGAAGAGGGAGAAAGGUGACAAAUCCAGCUUCAGUCACCAGAUCCCCCACCCCACCCCACCCACCUCACCCACAUUCUUAUCUGAUCAGUCUCCUACAAAUGGGAAAACGUGUCAUUUUCUAUUGAUUGGAUUGGAGAUGGAGAGGCAGUGAUAGCCAAAUGUUUCAGCUCUGAUCCAAAUGGGAAUAUCACUAUAGAUCACAGACACAGAGAGCUCAGACCACACCCUGUAUAAAACGCUGCCUCCUGUGCAUAAUGUAAAUAUUCAAUGUGAGUAAAAGUUUGAAAUAUCUUUGUUGACAGAAACUGUUGUGAACUGGUAUUCAUUGAUGUACUUAUUUAAAGAGUUGUUACAUUGAAUAAAUACUAAUUCAGACAGUA